AUGGCGACUUCAUCUAGAAAGCGGAAGUUCCUCUCGCUUGAAGAGAAGGCACGGAUUAUCAGCGCGGCAUCCAGUGGCAGGAAAAAGGGAGAUGUUGCAGCGGACUUCGGCAUCUCACAGAGCACGCUGUCAACGAUCUUGAAGUCGAAAGACGCGAUAGCGCAAGCUCUUUCUUCGGGGACAUCCGCGAAGCGGAAAAAGCUGACGCAAGCGGCUCAUGAGGACCUUGAGAAGGCUCUGUACACGUGGUUCCUCGACGUGCGCGCAAAGAAGAUGCCGGUCAGCGGAAACAUGUUGCAGCAAAAGGCACUUGGCUAUGCCUGUAUGCUGGGCAUCAAUGAUUUCAAAGCCAGCUCAGGGUGGCUGACCCGUUUUAAGGCCAGGCAUGAAAUCGUCGCUAAAGUGCUGUGUGGGGAGUCGGCCUCAUCAGACGCCGACGCUGCAUCUGCUUGGGCAUCAGCUACUGUGCCGGAAUUAAUGGAGAAAUAUGCCACAUCAGACAUAUACAAUGCCGAUGAAACGGGACUUUUCUUCGAGCUCCUCCCCUCCAAGACGCUUCACAUGAAGGGCCAGCCAUGCAGCGGAGGGAAGCACAGCAAAAAGCGUGUGACUGUGCUCCUGUGCUGCAACAUGGACGGGUCUGACAAGCGCUGCCCACUGGUGAUAGGCAAAAGUGCGAAGCCGCGGUGCUUCAAAGGUGGCAAGAGCCUGCCCGUCAAAUAUGUUGCCAAUAAGAAGUCUUGGAUGACACGGGCCGUUUUCAAAGAGCUUUCGACCGUGACAUGA